CAAUGGGUUAAGGUUACUUGAUUGGAAUGCAUUUCCUUUAUCUUCCUUACCGUCCACCUUUGAACCUAAAAGCUCAUUGUACUCAACAUGUCGUGGAGCCACAUUGAAUUGGAUGAACAUUUUGAGAGUUGUCGGUUCGAAACAUUGAAAUAUAUGGAUUUCACAUGUUGUAAAAAUAUUACAAAAUUGCCUAACUUAUCAGUGAUCGCCCCAAAGAUAAAGGAGUUGAAUCUUUAUGGAUGUAAAAAUUUAGUUGAGGUUCAUCAAUCCGUUGGAAUUCUUGAAGAGCUUGAAUACUGGUGUCUUGGCAAAUGCCAGAAUCUUAGAAUUUUUCCAAGAAAUCUCCAGUUGAAAUCUCUUAAAUGGUUUAGUCUCUAUGAUUGUGAAAGUCUUGAUAUUGGGCAAGGAACAGAAAGAUCAGCAUUGCUUUCAUCAAUUGGAUAUCUCACUGGCCUUUAUUCAUUAAGAAUAAGUUUAAAAAACCAGAAAGAUGUUCCGAGUAACAUCUCUAGUUUACAAAAUCUUAGGAAACUCAAAUUGUAUGAUUGUGAAAAUUUUCCAAAGGCCAUGGAUACUCCUGGUUGCUUCCCCAAAUUAGAAAGUUUACGUUUUUAUAACAGCAGCAUUACUACCCUCCCCGAAAUCACUAGCAGAUUUCCUAAAUUAAAGAUCCUUGAUCUUCUAGGGUGUUGGAAUCUUCGGCAAAUUCCAAGGCUUCCACUAUGUGUACAAUUGGUGUAUGCAAGAGAGUGCAGUUUGUUGGAUUCACAAUCAAGGAGAAAGUUAUUGAGUCAGUUUGGAGAUUUGUUAGGGCUUCCACAAAAUUUAGUAUGUGCAAGGGGAUUACGGCAUCAAGAAUUUGUAUCUCAAAUGAAGUUCGAAUUUGAAUCUGAAUUUCAAACGGGUUCUGCAUCUGAAACGAACUCUGCAUCUGAAUUUGAUUAUGAUGAUGAUGCUGAAUAUAACCUUGUGCUUCCAGGAACUAAGAUUCCAAAGUGGUUCAACCACCAAAGUGUUGGAAGCUCCAUAUCCUUCUCGGUUGGUCAGAAGCUUCCAACAUUUGCCUUUUGUGUUGCUUUAAAUGUGGAACUGAAGGAUAUUGUGCCAAAUCGACAUGAGAAUUUUGAUUGUUCUAUCUACGUUUUCGUCAAUGGUGUUGAAAGAUGGAUCAUGUCUCAUAAAUUUUAUUUAGAUCCAUCAUCAUCUUUUGUUUGGUUUCACUAUAGAAGAGACAGCUCAUUGGAAGGAAUAAUUUUAAAUGAUUGGAAUGACGUUAAGCUUCAAUGUGAAAUUUCAAAUUAUGAUCCUAAAUUAGUAAAAGUUUCCAUUGAAAAGUUUGGAGUCCAUGUAGCAUGCAUCUGUCCUCCAAAUUCCGCUGCAGAUAAAUUGGUAAAGCUUAAUUUUGAGGCGUCAUGUGAUCAAAUGAAUGUGGGCUUGGUUGUGGUUCUCAAAGAUCAAGAGGGGAAUGGCAGAGCCAUGAGACGUGGAAUAAGCCUCUGCAGUAAGAUACAGGAUACAAAGUAUGUCUCUCCAAAAUCUUAUACAGGAGGUCUAGGCCUCUGCUUAUGGCCUAAGUGGAAUCUUCAUUGGCUGGGGUUUCAGAAUUAAAAUCUUCUAGUGUUGAGAUAUUCUCGUUUAUCAUAUAAAGACAUAAUUGUCUCAGAAUUUAUUGUGGUGAUUGAAACUAUUAAACAUGAUUUGUUAAUGUAAUGAUGCACAAUAUUAGAAUUCAUAACCAUGCGUAAUCUGUGUUUUUUUUUUCUAGGUAUGGCCAUAAAUUAGACAACAUAUCAUGUAAUUGUUCUUGUCACUGUCUCUACCACUAUUUUGUAUCACAUGAAAGAAAACUAAGAAAAUAAAUAUGGACGGACUCUUCUGUAGCUUUCUAUUCCUCAUCGAUUAUUUUGAAAUGGCCUACAAAGCUGACUACUAAAAAUAAAAGCAGACUAAAGUGAUAUAUCUAACUAUAAUAUGAAAAAGGUAAAGAAUUUUGAUUUUAUACUGCAAUUUUUCAUUUUAUUAUUCUGUGAAAUAUAAUAAAUUGAAGAUAUUUUAUUGCAAAAGUUAAUGUUGCAAUUUAUAUGCAAUUUAUCUUAGAAGGUAAGAGGAUGGAAGAGUCAUAGCCAUUGACUCGAUCCCCAUGUGAGGCCUUGUUGGUUGAACCUGGCUGGCAACCAUAUUUCAUCCCUGCUAUAGUGCAUUUAAUCAAUCAUUUCACAACAGGUCUUGAGGCCUUGAUGGGUCCCUCAUGUGUGCUCGAUUACAGCAGUAGCCAUGAACUGCAAGAAGGGUUGUCAUAUGUAGGCCCGAUUUGUGCAGUCAACACAAUGUAAAAGACCAAAUUUCCAAAAGGAUAACCUACAGAUGAAGAGAGCGAUAAGCUACCUCUGGUUAAUCAGAAGAUCCUGCCCAACAAUGGAGAGAAUAGGGUAAUAUACAUUUCUAAAAUAUGUAAUGGUUUAUCAUUAUAUAUAUAUAAAUUUAAAAUUUAACUGGUUUUAGAUUCUUCAGUUUUUGUACACAAUA